AUGAAAUACGUCGUUGUCUCUGGUGGUGUCAUUUCUGGUAUUGGUAAAGGUGUUUUAGCAUCUUCCACCGGGUUAUUAUUUAAAACCUUAGGUUACAGAGUGACCUCUAUCAAAAUUGAUCCAUAUAUGAACAUUGAUGCUGGUACUAUGUCCCCAUUAGAACAUGGAGAGUGUUUUGUUUUGAAUGACGGUGGAGAAGUCGAUUUAGAUUUAGGUAAUUAUGAAAGAUACUUAAAUACUACUUUAACUAAAGACCAUAACAUCACUACUGGUAAAAUCUAUUCUCAUGUCAUCGAAAGAGAAAGAAGAGGAGAUUACUUGGGUAAAACCGUUCAAGUCGUUCCUCAUGUCACCGGUUCAAUUCAAGACUGGAUUGAAAGAGUUGCAGUUGUUCCAGUUGAUGAUUCAGGAUCAGAACCUGAUAUUUGUAUUAUUGAAUUAGGUGGUACUGUUGGAGAUAUUGAAAGUGCUCCGUUCGUUGAAGCUUUGAGACAAUUUCAGUUCAGAGUUGGUGUCGAAAACUUCGCUUUAAUCCACGUUUCUUUAGUUCCUGUUAUUCAUGGAGAACAAAAGACAAAGCCAACUCAAGCUGCCAUUAAAGAUUUAAGAUCUUUAGGUUUGACUCCUGAUAUGAUUGCUUGUAGAUGUCAAGAACAAUUAGAAAUUGCUACUAUUGAAAAGAUUGGAAUGUUUUGUCAUGUUGGUCCUGAACAAGUGAUUGCUGUUCAUGAUGUUAACUCAACUUACCACGUUCCAUUAUUGUUAAAAGAACUGAGAAUGAUGAAAUUCUUAGAAAAGAAAUUGAAUUUAGAUGCAAAUAAAUUAUCCAAGGAAGCUUUGUCUAAGGGUGAACAUUUAUUAACUAGAUGGAGAACAUUAACAUCUCAACAUGAUAACUCUUUUGAAACCACUACUAUUGCAUUAGUUGGUAAAUAUACUAAUUUGAAAGAUUCUUACUUGUCAGUUAUUAAAGCUUUAGAACAUUCGUCUAUGAGUUGCAAGAGAAAGUUGAAAAUUGAAUGGGUUGAAUCUACUGACUUAGAAGAAGCCUCGAAAGAAAAUAAUUUGGCCGAUUAUCACAAGGCAUGGCACUCAAUCUGCCAAGCCGAUGGUAUAUUGGUUCCAGGUGGUUUUGGUAAUCGUGGUAUUGAAGGGAUGGUUGCUGCCGCUAAAUAUGCAAGAGAAAACAAUGUUCCAUACUUGGGUGUUUGUUUGGGUUUGCAAAUUGCGGUCAUUGAAUUCGUUAGAAAUGUUUUAGGUUAUUCUAAUUCCACUUCAAUGGAAUUUGAUGCUACUGUCGAAGAAAAGACUGCAUCCGUUGUUUAUAUGCCUGAUGUUGAUCAGGUUAAAUUAGGUGGUACUAUGAGAUUAGGUAUCCACAGCACCAAAUUUACUGACGGCUCGGAAUGGUCAAAAUUAAGAAAAUUGUAUGGUGGUGCUGAUUCUGUCUUGGAAAGACACAGACACAGAUACGAAGUCAAUCCUCAAUUAAUAGACGAAAUAGAAACCAAGGGCUUAAAUUUCAUCGGUAAGGAUGAAACUGAGAAGAGAAUGGAAUUAUUCGAAUUGAAGGAUCACAAAUUUUUCUGUGGCACGCAAUAUCAUCCAGAAUAUUUAUCCAAGGUAUUGGAUCCUUCCAGACCUUUCUUAGGAUUAGUGGCUGCAGCCUCUGGUAUGUUAGAUGAAGUCUUAUCCAGAAAAGACUUGAACUAUAAAGGUGAAUUCUAA